AUGCCUCCUAAAGCUGUUGGAAAAGCAAUUAAAAAGGCCAUUAAAAUCCCCAAAAAUGUUACUAUAAAUAAAGCAGAAGGAAAAAGAAAGAAAAAAAGAAAGGAAAGUUAUGGAGUUUAUAUCUAUAAAGUAUUAAAGCAAGUUCAUCCGGAUACAGGUAUUUCGAGCAAAGCAAUGAGCAUUAUGAAUAGUUUCGUGAAUGAUAUAUUCGAGAGAAUCGCUGCUGAGGCAUCUCGUUUAUCACAUUAUAAUAAACGAUCUACUAUUACAUCAAGAGAGGUGCAAACUGCUGUGAGACUUUUAUUGCCCGGAGAACUUGCUAAACAUGCAGUUAGUGAAGGUACAAAGGCAGUUACUAAAUAUACAAGUAUAAAUAAAUGAGAAUAUUGUCUAUUUUCCAGGCUUUAAAAAAACCGGCCCUUUUCAGGGCCA